AGGCUGACUCUGAUCCACACUCCGAGGCAGGAGGUGGCGUUAUGUCUCUUCCUACCACCUUGAAAAUGAAGGCGAUGAAGCCGUGCAGCGGGGAGAGGGACUGGAGAAGUGGGCAGUCCACAUUGGAAACUGUCUCUACUCUUUACGAUGUAGUCCGACCAGCCUGUUCCCUGACACCGAGCUGGGCGCAAGAGAAGCCGGAUAUUUGAAGCUCUCUGACGGAAUGGCGCACACCAACCGGGGUAUCUCGACUCCUGGGCUCUGUUGAAAACCGUGACCCGCGUCCGCUAACAACAACAACAGCUGGCUAACAAGCUAACAGCUGUCACAACCGGAAAGGCCGCUGCUGCCGCCGCACCGGGUGGAGAUUUAACUUUCUCUGCCCGUAACGUCUGGACUGAACCAGCAAGUCAUUUUAGCCACUGAUAAACUGCUAUUUAUUGUAUAUUGGUAAGAAUGGAUACAUCUUUGGGAAUAUGCGGCGAGGAGUGCUUGGCAACUGUGAGAGGUCAGGAGCUGAGAUCUGGCCAGAAGGAGCCCAGGCUACUGUCGCUAAUUGAGCGCAGUGGAGAGUUUAUAUUGGGUGUUUUGGCCACCCCUGAUGCUGUUGUGUCUCGUCCGGUUCCUCAGCUGUCUAUACCCAUUAAUGGUAAUUUUGAAAUUGUAAGAGAAGCUGAAGAAGCUCUUCUCAUUGACUUCUCAGCAGAUUCCUUUGUUAGGAUACGUAUUAAAGGCGAAAAAGCCCCAGAGCUGCUGUUGGAACUGCAGGAUGACGAUCGCACUCAGACUUUCUUUACCCAGGUGAAGAGUGCUCAGCAGCAAGUUCAAUCCAAACUCGCAAAACCCAAAGCGAUGGAGCCCAUUGCCCCAACGACCCCAAGAGGUCCAGUCCCCAUCCCACCGCAAAGAGCAAACAAGACUGCUAACCUUGUGGGUUCUGGAGUCAACCCAGCCAAAUCUGUCAGUGCACUGCCUCCCAACCUCAACAACAUCACUUCAACAAAUCAGACUAACACAGAUCCAGUUCAGUCACUUGCCUCAGACUUUGGCUUUGAAGACAACUUCAACCACGCUCUCAAAGUGGAGGAAAAGAAGAACCACCAGAAUCGCAUAGUUGCCUCCAGGGAGCCUCCUCCUGUUCCUCCUCUACCUCCUCGCAAAGCCUCCUACACUCCAUCCAAUCCUCUGCCUCCUGCACCAGUCCCUAAAGAAAGAGCUGUGUCCUUACAGGCCAAAGACAACUCCUUUAACACCAAACCAGAUUUUAGGUCAGGGUUUGACCGUGUGGACAGGCCACCAUCUUGGUGUGAGAGUCCCACCACCAACAGCAUGAGACAGGCCAUGUUCUCCAGCCAGGCAGGACAAAGAGAAUACCUCAUCAAACACCGCCUCGGGAAGAAGGAGAACGAAUAUGUGGACAUCCAGAACUUUAAGUUUUUCACGGGUACGUGGAACGUGAACGGCCAGUCUCCUGACAGCAGCCUUGAGCCGUGGCUGUGCUGUGACGCAGAACCACCUGAUAUUUAUGCUCUGGGUUUUCAGGAACUGGACCUCAGCACUGAAGCUUUCUUCUACAUGGACUCGUCCAAGGAGCAGCUGUGGGUGGAAGCUGUGGAGAGAAGUUUGCACCCAAAAGCCAAGUACAAGAGGGUUCGGAUCAUACGACUAGUUGGGAUGAUGCUUGUGGUCUUUGUCAAAAAGAAUCACAAGAAUCACAUUAAAGAAGUGGCUGCAGAGCAUGUGGGGACAGGAAUCAUGGGAAAAAUGGGGAACAAAGGAGGCGUGGCAGUGAGGUUUGUUUUCCACAACACUAGUUUCUGCAUCGUGAACUCACAUCUGGCAGCGCAUGUGGAAGACUUUGAGCGCCGCAACCAGGACUAUAAGGACAUAUGCGCUCGCAUGACCUUCCACUUACUGGAACAUCCUCCUCUCAGUAUCGUCAAGCACGAUGUAGUAAUCUGGCUUGGGGAUUUAAAUUAUCGUCUGUUCAUGUACGAUGCCUCUGAUGUCAAACAGCUCAUCGCUCAGAAUGAGCUAAAGAAGCUUCAGGAGGUUGAUCAGCUGAACAUUCAGAGGCAGACUAAGAGAGCCUUCACAGACUUCAUGGAGGGAGAUAUUAACUUCAUUCCCACGUACAAGUAUGAUCCCAAAACAGAUCGAUGGGACUCAAGCGGGAAGUGCCGUGUCCCAGCCUGGUGUGACAGGAUCCUUUGGAGGGGCAACAAUGUCAAGCAGCUCAAAUACCGAAGUCACAUGGAGCUGCAAACUAGUGACCACAAGCCUGUCAGCUCCCUCUUCAGUAUAGGGGUGAAGGUGGUAAAUGAGCAGCGACACAAAAAGGUGUUUGAGGAGAUUGUUCGAGCGAUGGACAGAAUGGAGAAUGAUUUCCUUCCAUCUGUGUCUCUGAGCAGGAGAGAGUUUACAUUUGAGAAUGUCAAAUUCCGGCAGCUUCAGAAGGAGCGCUUCUUAAUAACAAAUGACGGGCAGGUCCCCUGUCACUUUGCCUUCAUCCCCAAACUCAAUGACUCGCAAUACUGCAAGCCUUGGCUGCGUGCCGAGCCAAGUGAUGGAUUCUUGGAGCCCACCGAGACCCUGGAGAUCUAUCUGGAGGUGUAUGUCAGCAAAGAUUCGGUCACGCUGCUGAACUCUGGAGAGGACUCCAUAGAGGACAUUCUGGUGCUCCAUCUGGACCGUGGCAAGGACUACUUCAUUACCAUCUCUGGCAACUACAUGCCCAGCUGCUUUGGCACCUCGCUGGAGACUCUGUGCCGCAUGAAAAAGCCCAUCAGAGAGAUCCCCAUCACCAAACUCAUUGACCUGGGAGAGGACAGCUUCAUGGAAAAGGAAAAGUCAAAGGUGAACUUCCUGAUGGUGGAUGGCGCAAGUACUGAGGACAAACCUCUAAAGAUCCCCAAGGAGGUGUGGAUUCUGGUCAACCACCUCUUCACCAAGUCCUGUGAUCAGGAGGACCUGUUCCAGACACCAGGCCUACAAGAGGAGCUGCAGAGCAUCAUCGACUGUCUGGACACCAGCAUCCCAGACACCAUCCCUGGUUGUAACCACUCUGUAGCUGAGGCUCUGUUGAUCUUCUUGGAGGCCUUGCCGGAGCCAGUCGUCUGUUACGAGCUCUACCAACGGUGCCUAGACUGCUCUCAUGACAGCCGCCUCUGCAAACAGUUGAUCUCCCAGCUGCCCCGGGCUCAUCGCAACGUGUUUCGUUACUUAAUGGCCUUCCUGAAGGAACUUCUCAAGCACUCACACAACAACAACCUGACAGCCAACCUCAUAGCCACCCUCUUUGCCAGCCUCCUAAUCCGACCACCUCCCAACCUGGUGGGAAGGCAAACAUCACACGAGCGGCAGAAAGCCAUCGACUUUGUCAUGGGUUUCCUCAUGGCGGGAGACGAGGAGUAAAUGAGGUUGGGUGUGGAGCUGAUUGCCAUCCUGGCUUACCGUUGGCACAAACCCCCGGACCUGUAGGACACUGUGUAACUUGAUCCAUUUGGUUUUUUGUCAUCUUUUGGAGACCAGUGCAGCUGUUCUGCACCCCUACCUUUCACAAACUCUCACGUCAGAGGUACCCCAGACUUCCAUUAGAACUGUGACGAUUUUACCAGGUGUCAUAUCUUCGUUCUCAGUAUGACCUGCUCACUGGAUUUGGGAGCACUCUGGAGAGUUUUUGACUGAUGCCUAUGCACUUUCUGAUGACCUAAAGGACCUGUGCCUCCAGACUAGAGUUGUCCUCGUCCUCAGCUGACCUUUCUUAUUGUAGGUGCUCAUGCCAAAAUAACCCCAGAGUAGUGUGUGGUAUGAAUGUGAAAACACUAUGUAUCCAUAGAUGCUAAGGAAAACACUCGAUUACACUAAAGAAAAGCAAAUUCCUUAAAGUUUUAAGAAGUAGACUGAACACACAUGCAAGGCAGUUAAAUAGUUUGAAACGGGAUAAUUGUGGAAAUCUAUCUCUAAGAAUGUUUAAGCUUAAGAUAAAUCAUGACAAUCAUUAAUUUUGGAGCAUUUUAGUUGAGGGGGCAACAUUAAAAUAUCCGAGAGAUUUAUUUGUUACGAUAUCCGCUGUGUUUUAACUGUUAUUUAUAUUUUCUUUCUCCAAGUUUGCACCAUCUGUAGAGUUUCUGGUUCCUACUGCAGAAUAGUUCAUUUUAGUUUCAUUGGAAAUAGUCACAUCGUCAUCAUCGUUUUAUGUCAUCCUCUUAUAGAAACUUCUUUGGUGUGAGUGUGUGCUGUGUUUUCCUUUAACUUCAGCCGUGAGCCUUACAUCUCGUUUUGCCAGUUCCUCUUGAGUCACAAAACAAGUCUGUUAACACACUAACUUCCUGGUCAACCGGAAUCAACUGAGAGAGAGAGAUAAAGUCAUCCCUCUGUGGUUCUUGAUGUCUUAAAUGGUGUAAAUACUGCAGUGAUCUGUUUCCUGGUUAUUUGACUGUUGGUAUGGUGGUUGCGAGUCUGUGAUGGUGUCUACAGUCUGUCAUGUUUGUCAUGAAGGUGGUACUGUUAAUGUCUGUGUUUGUUUACAUGUCUCUUUCCCGCACUUCUGCUGCAUCUUAAAGCUCAUUAUUCGUUGUUUUACGCCUGUGUGAUGCCAAGACACAGCUGCUGUGUUCCUCAUGGCGAAUCCAGAUGAGUAAUACUCGUUUUAAGCGAUGCAGCAUUUUCUGGGCACAAUAUUUAAUGGCUCAUUACUCUGCAGGAUACAGCCUGUCUUUGAACACCUUUUCUCAUUUGUGCCACAGAGGACUUUUUUUUUUUUCUGUAGUCACUGUUGCAAAACAUGUCAUGAUUAUUGAAAUAAGGAACUUCUGUGCUGGGUAUAAUGAACAGUAUUUCCUCCCUUUCCCAAGAGAUGUCAGCAUUAUCUUUCCCAUUUGACAAAAAUAUUCACAUUUAUGACAUUAAUUUACUUUGCUGAAUUUCUCCUGCAGUGGUAGUGAUGCUAGAGAAAACCCAGAGGUUUUCUUCCCAGACGCUCCGCUUCAAAGUAUUUCAUCUUUGGAGACAAUGUGAGCACAUGAUGUAACGUGACAACGCUGACAAUCAUGGCACUUAAAAUUAAGGAUAUUAAGCUUGUUAGGCUGAAGUUGCUCUAUUCUUGCGUAGUUUCUUCUGCCUUAUUGCCAUCACAACACUAGAUUCUUCCGUUGGCCUUAAUUUAAACGAGCUUUGCCAAAAGGUGAGUUUGGCCCGAAGGAAAAGUUCCUGGUGAUUCAAAUUUAGGAAAACCAUUAUAUACGGUAGCCAUUUAGUUAUUCACUUUGUCUUGAGAAAUACUACCCUCAUCACAUCAAAUGGAAAAAUCAGUAUAAUCAAUAACCUCUGAUUUUAAGUGUUGUCUUAUGCCACUGUACCAACUGAUGUAUUUGUGUGGAUUCAUUGUGCUUUUUUGUUUUCAGUUUCUGUUCAUAAAAAUAAUUCAAGGUACGCAAGGAAACACUCGCACCUGUUUUCAACUUUUCCGAUUUUUUGGUACUUUUAAUUUAUUUAACAGAAAUAAAACUAUGUAUAAAGUA